UUUUGAGGGAAAAAUGAAGAAACAAACUUGGGAAAAAAGAGAGAACGGCGACAGGUCAGCAUGACGAGGACCAACCAAAGUUGAAGUCUUUACCUCUGGCCCACCUCCACCAUCACCACCACCUCCGCCUCCACGCUCCCCUAUAUUCCUCUUUCUCCUCUAUUUCAUUAACCAAUUCCCCCCCUUUACCCAUAUCGAUUCCAAUCCCUCUCCCCGGCGAGGUCUCCGGACCCCCGGCGGUACACCACAUGUCGGAUUCCGCCGACCAUCGCCUACCGCCUCCCCCCUUAACUCGCCCUUUCCCGCUCUACAAGCAGCACUCCUGGUCGCCCGAUGCCGACCGUGACCAAGCCUGGCUUCGCCGCAAAACCCAAAGCAAGAUGCGACGGAGCAAGAGCGUGACCGACGAUGACCUCGAAGAACUUAAAGCCUGCCUUGAAUUGGGUUUUGGAUUCAACUCACCGGAGGUGGACCCUCGACUCUGUGAAACUUUUCCAGCGUUGGGAUUUUACCACGCCGUCAACAAGCAGUACAAUCGUACUCUUUCCAACUCUUCGGCGUCUCUCUGCUCUUCCCCUGUUUCUGAAUCUGUUUCUCCCUCUGCCGACAGUAGCCCCGCCGCCAUAAUCAGCCACGGGGAGAAUCCGCAGAUGGUGAAAGCAAGGCUGAAACAAUGGGCGCAGGUGGUUGCUUGUUCAGUACGGCAGUAUUGAUUCUUGCUAAUCAAUUUCAUCACUAAAUUUGUGUUGGGUUUUUUUUCGUUUUCCUUCUCAGACUUCCGUUUCUGACUUGACUACAAAUUCUAAUCAACACAUACACAUUUAAUCCUCAACUUCCCAAAUUUUCUUCUA